UUUAGAGAUACUUUCAAGACAACAGCAGUUAAGACAGAAUGAAGUGUGUCUUUGUGUGUUAUGCUUAAAGCGGUAUAGAGUGAGUGUCCGUUGAAAAUACACGGUUAUGAAAAACAGAGCCAGUGUGUUUCCUUACCUGAGUGUUCUAGCCAUGAAAAACAGAGCCAGUGUGUUUCCUAUCCUGAUUAUCGUAGUUAUGAAAAACACAGCCAGUAUGUUUCCUGUCCUGAUUAUCAUAGGACUUUGCUCCCUGAUAUCAGGGCUCUCACCUCAGUAUCACUUUGUGAUUGACCAGAAGAACUGGACAGAAGCUCAGAAAUACUGCAGGGAAAAGUACUCAGACCUGGUGACAAUCUACGACAGAGAUGACAUUGGGAGCAUAACAGAGGCUGUGCGCAGUGGUUUUACAGGCAGGGCAUGGAUAGGACUAGAAAGGGGAGACUUGUUCAAGUGGCACUGGUCCUUGGCAGACAGAGAAUUUUACAGUGACAGGGAGUUUGACUUUCGAAACUGGAAGCAGGGAGAACCGAAUAUUGAUCGCAACGAGAGUGAGUGUGCAGCAAUGUACCACACUGGUGAAUGGUUUGAUGAUGACUGCAACAAUAAAAAACACUUUAUAUGCAUUAAAGGAAGAAGAAAUGACAACAAGGGCUUCAUCUUGCUUCGGCAAAGAAAGACAUGGAGAGAAGCUCAGACCUUCUGUAGGCAGAAUCAUGAAGAUCUGGUCAGUGUGCGGAACCAGUCAGAGAACCAGGAAAUACUGAAUGUGUUACAGUCAGAGAGUGCAUGGAUUGGGCUGUUCAGUGAUCCCUGGAAGUGGUCUGACCACAGUAACUCCUCAUUCCGAUUUUGGAGGUCAAAACAACCAAACAAUUUUGGAGGAAAUCAGAAUUGUGUGGCAGCUGUGCUGGACAACUCUGGGGAAUGGAACGACUUUCAGUGCAAGAGGAGUCGGCCUUUCUUCUGUCAAGGCAGAAUGAAGUCCAAAACCCCUCUGCCCACCAUUGAGAGUGCAACGCACAGCGAUAAAACUACAAAUCAAGCAUCUAAACACACUCCUCAGAAAAGCACUACUGAGCCACGAACCACUGAACGUGAAACUACUCAAUUUGAAAAAUACAUCACCACUACAGGCCCCAUUGAUAAACAGACGUCAGUCACCACGUACAAAUAUACAGAACGUUCAACAACUGAAGAGUCAAUAAUAGAACGCUCAGCUGGAGAUUAUCUGAUUCUGCUUCAGGAGAAUAAGACCUGGAGUGAAGCCCUGCACUAUUGCAGAGAGCACCAUGUCAACCUGGUGUCUGUGACCACUGCAGCCACUCAGAACUGGGUGGCAAGAAAGGCUGAGAAUGCUUCCACUGCCCAUGUUUGGCUGGGCCUGCGCUUCACCUGUGCCUUCAAAUUCUGGUUCUGGGUAAGAUCUGAGCCUGGCUGUUACCAGAACUGGGCUCAUGGACAUGAGCCAGCUGGGAUGGAAGUGUGUGGUCAUGCAGGAGCUGUUGAAUCUGGAGGGGAGCAUCAUUGGGUCAGCUUGCCAGAAACAGAGAGGCUCAAUUUCAUCUGCUAUACCUGUGAUCGUCAGGGACACUAAUUUGGAGCACCCUCCUGGUAUUAUAAAACUGAGCUUCUGGAUCCGGAAAAAGACCCUUGGAUAAUAUACUUUGAGAAAACAACUGUUUCUUUUGGGAAUAAAAAACUAUUUCUUGAUACUUCGAU